AUGUCAUAUGAAUUAUCAGAUAAACCUAUAGAAGAAGUUAUUAAUUUAAAACAAUCAACUACAAUGAUAAGAAUGCUCAAAUAUUCAGAUGACUUUCAUAAAUCAACAGGAUCAAUUCAACUAUGGUUUAAAGAUACAACAUCUACUGCAGUAGCUACUGAUAACUUAGGAUUUGUAGCAAGACAAAUUAAAAUUAUUCAGAAACCUGCUACAAAAGCCCCAUUUUCAUUUUUUAUCACAAGAAAAGGUAAUAAUGAUGCUAUUUUUAGAGCUGCUGAAAUAGCUGCAGGAAAAGUAAAUCUUACAAAAGUAUCAUUAUGGAUGCAGCAUGUAACUUCAUCAGAUACGAUGAGAAGUGGACUUUUUAACUAUAUUUAUUUGAAAGUAAGACUCGAUGUUGAUUUUUGUAGUAGAAUAUGUGAGUAUAAUUCUGUUAUACCAAAUGCUAUGGUAUUUAAUUAUAAACUCAGUGGAAGAACUGAAAGACCUAGAUACAUCCUUUUUGCAUUCCAAACUAAUAAAAGGGGAAAUCAAAAAGUUAACCCUGCAGUAUUCGAUAAUUGUGACUUGAAAGCAAUUUCAUUAGCGCCUAAUGGAGAACGGUACCCUACAAACGAUUAUAAUUUAACAUUUGCAUUUAUUUAG